ACCUCCUUCACCAUCACAUCCAUCCACUUCCCCCACAGAAUGCGACUCCGACAGGCCGGUCGACAGGCCAGACAAGGACUGGUCAGUCAAGCAUGUGAGCUAUGCAGGCGACGCAAGGUCAAAUGCGAUGCAGAUAGGCCAGAGUGUGGGAACUGUCGCGCAUUGAAGCUGCCAUGCGAGUACAGCGCCCAGAGGAAGAAGCGAGGACCAAAGCCAAGGGCUUUAUCGACUAUCGAGAACAGAGACGAUGGCGAACAGGCACAACCUUCAACAAUUAUCUUAUCUCCAUCUAUGCCGCAGGCUCCCGUGCCCGUCAUUGGCUCUUCACCACUAUCGUCAGCCGUGACGCCGACUACCAUCAUUGCAUACUCCCCCCAAACUGAUGCCAGCUCGCCAUGCGUUGCAUUGGCACCUCGAAAGGAGAGUCCAGCCGGAAAGGUCCAUCAAACUCUCACGAGCACCCUGGAGGCUCUCGCACAAUCUACAGAGCGCAUAAUCGAGGAGUGUAUCGACAUGAACAUGUUGUUGCGUUUCCCUACCAUUCCGGUUAUCCAACCAGAUACAAUCAGGCGAGAAAGCCACCUUCUGUUACCAACUUCGCGACAUCUCUUUGACGCCAUCACUAGCACCAACCAAAUAUCCUCAUCACAGGGCAGUCUGAUGCGAACCUUUGCUCACUUGACAACGGUUUUCGCUUGCGUCUGUUGCCGGAUGCCUAAAAACUCGAACCUGAAAGGCCGCGAAGCCUUAAUCACCGCCUUUCUUGAAGCAACUCGUGGAAUGAUGGCAUGUUGCGAGGAUUGGGACGUUAGCCAUGCCAAUUCGACAUCUCUCGUGAUCCGCAUGUACCAGUCAGCGGCACAACAUCACUUGGGUAAGACACGCGCAUCAUGGCUCAUGAUGGGCCAAGCCAUUCGCCUGGCUCUAGAUAUGCGUCUAUAUGAUGAAGUGUCAUACCAAGACCUCGAUCCUCUGGAGGACAAGUUGCGGCGGAAUGUCUACGGCUUGCUCUGUGUGGGUGACAUGUCGGCUUCGAUUUUGAAUAACAGGCCCUUGGCGUUUCAUGAGAUAUGCCUCGAUGAGACUUACACACCGGUUGAGCUUUACAAUGAUUUCAGUUUGUUGCCUCCUGAGAGCGGUCUGUUUGAGCCUCCAUACGAGCAACGGUUUCAUCAAGGCUUUUAUCUCUGCCACGACCUCUGGAAGUCAGCAACAAAUAUUCUGCUCGACAUGAAACUUCUCACUCAGACGCUCACCUCUUCCGGCUUUCGACUCUGCUCCCAGGACCCCAGUCAGCAGCGGAUCAUGCAGUCAUACAUGUCUUUCUGCGGCCUUCUCGAUUCGCUCCCGGCUCGGCUCCGCGAUCCUGAGAGGCAUGUUGCUGGCAAUGAAAUAGCCACGGCUUUUCAGCAACGAACAUUUUGGUACCAAAGGGCAGAUCUUGUGGUGACUUUUCAUUGUCUCCGACUUGUUAUCCUACAACGGGCUGCGCAGAAAGGCUUCUGUGCACUUCUUGGGUUGACGGAUGACCUGGACAUGCUUGCUCUUCGCAAGAUUGAGAUCGCCAGUGACCUCGUCUCAGUUGUGGAAGGAAUUCCAUUCGAUGCGCUGCAAGUCAACGGAGAGCCAUUGGUUGAGAAACUCCGUCAGAUUGGGGUCAGCCUAUUGGAAAUUGCGCACCAGAACGAGGACACGGCUAUUUCUGGGCGAGCCCAGUCACUCUUGUCGCCAAUAAUCGAUACGAUUGCGCGGCUAGACUCUCGAGUAUCGGAUGAGCUGAGCGCGUAUCCGGGCUUGGUAUGA